AGUAAAGCAGACUAUGUUCAGACUCUCUACAUGUGGCUCUCCAAGAAAACUGGCAAGGAUCGGAAUUUAGCCGUGCAGGAUGAAGAGAACCACAGCGCUGUCCACCGAGCUCUGAUGAAAUACCUGGACGCCUGGUCUCUCAGUCCAGACAGCUGGGAGUACAACCUACAUGUAGGAAGGCUGCUGCUGCUGCAGGGAAGGAGCAGAGAAGCACUGCAGCAUCUGCAGAGCGGCCUCGGACUGCGUCCCCUGCAUCCUGCACUCAGACUCUUCACUGGACUGGCUCUGCUGCAGCAGGAAGAGAAAGCCUCAGAGGAAACAGAGAAGGAGGCUUCUCUGUUCUUGCAACAGGGACUGGAGCACUUUGUCAGCCAGCGCUGCAGCAAGAGCUGGGUGAAGCAGGAUCAAUCAGAGACUCUGUCCAGCCUCAACACACAGUUCCUGCGAGGGCUUCUCACACUGGGCCAACUGCAGCAGAGAAACACACUGUGUGCGAAGGCCAUGAGUGCCCAACAGGUCUAUCACACUGUGGCAGUGCUGGCCGCCCAGAGUGUGAGUCAGUGCGUGUGUCGUGGCGAGGUGAGCAGGCAGCUGGAGUGGGUGCUGCUGGAUGCUCACUUCGCUCUGCUGCUAAGUCUGGUCCAGCAAAGUGAGCGCCAGGCCGGGGACGACAUCAAGAGACAGUCCCCGGUGGCAAAGAGAUGCCAGGCCCUCUCAGCUCUGAUACACCUCACGUCCAUCCCCCCGUGUCAGGAGCUGCUGGACAUGCAGGAGAAAACAUGCCAGCUGGCGGUAGUGACCACACCACGGGACAGCUAUGCCCUGUGUCUCCUGGGUCUGGCUCAGCUGGCUCAAUAUGGUAAUGACCCAAAUUCAGACAGGUCAAAGGAAGCCAUAACGGACGCCCGCCUCAGCUUCCAGGCCAGCAUCGAUCUGGAAAGCAGGAGACAGCAUGGGGAGCCACCUGAGCAGCUGACCAAACAAAGGUGGUGGCAGGAGCGACAGGAGGCUGCCAAACAAGCCAUCGCCCAGCCAAAAGUAGUGAAGGGGCCUUCUGAGUCCAGUGUGGCUAAGAGAGGUGCUCGGCGGGGCAGAGGCGGGCCUGGUCAUGGCCGAGCGACUGCAGCUGUGAUCAAACCUCCUGUUCCAGCACCUCCAGCCCCUGUUAGAGGAGGGAAAGUUGCCAGGCCUGCAGCUAAAACCCCAGCAACCAGGGGGAGAGCUGGAGCAGCAGCAAAGCCAGAUAGAUCAACUAAAGCCUCCAGCAAUUCAACUAAUAAAGCCCAGCUCCCUGCCAACAAGUCUAAACAAGCUUGUUGCCCUGAUACUGUUGAGACAGCAGAGGUUACGGCGUCUCCUGUGGAGGACAGAGUCCCUGUGUACAGUCCAAUGAACCGCAGGUCUCACGUCUCGCGGCUCGGUCUGGCCCGCGCCCUCUCUCACUCCGCAGACACCCAGGACGAGGCGAAGCAGCUCUACAGAGAGGUCAUCGCCAUGGCACCAGGGGUCCAUGAUGCUUACGCCGAGCUCGUGCAGCUGCUGGAGCCAUCAGACCCUCUGGCUGCUGUGGACGUGUACUGCAGGUUUCCUCUGAAGCCUGUGGCCGAGCAAAGCUUCGAGGACGCCUUCAUCACGGGAGAGAUCGUCCGUCUGCUGAUGGCACAGGAGCAGUACCACCACCCACAGCUGGGCCCCAGCCUCGCAGCAUAUGGAAAAGUCAUGGGCCUAAGCAGCAUAGAGAAAUACAUCAACAUCCUAGAGGAGAAGUCCAUGACCAACCUGCUGAGAAGUGUCUACUCCACUAUGCAUGGCAGGCAAGAGGAUGACGAAGAGUUGCAGGGCUUUUUCAAGUUCAAAUGUUGGAUAUGAUAAUGUUUGCAAUUGUUGUUUAAUCCUUUUGUGUCAUUAAUCCAUCGUUAAGGUCUUCAUUUUGGAUAGAUGACACUGGGAAAAUCUUUGUUUUUACUUUUUAAGCACAUUUAAUUUGAACCAAGGUUGACACUAAGAUGUUGCGACAUAUCAAAAGUCAAAAACCGGAAUAGAACUUAGAGCAACUGAGCAAAACAAUACAAAAAAAGCACACUUUUUUUCAGUGAGCAGCCUUCAAAACUGAAAAUAACUUAGAUUUAGAAGCUGUAGAUCAGCAGCGGGGAAUCAUCAGUGCAAACAUGAUCACAGAAACAAUUGAGCCUCAUUAAAAGGCAAUGAUUUACACACCAAAAGGUAGUGUUGUAGAUUUUGAAUUGUUAUUGCAAUUAGAUGAAAAUCUUAUGUCUGCAUCUAAAUGCAACAACAAGUUGUUAAAAAAUGUGUCACUCAUAUCAGCUUCUCCUCCUCCCCACCCUCCUGUACACAAACUUCAUUUAUGUUUGGAAGAAGUGUUGUGUUUGUCCAAGAGUGUUGAGAGUCAGUUAUUGUGAUGUUUGCUUUCUUAAACCACAUAGAACUCA